CCAAUCGUACGACAUGGUGCAGGGGUGUUCCAUGACGCCCAUGGUCAUUUCUCUACCCUACUAGUAAUUUUGAAGCAUACCGCAGUCCGUGUUUGAAGUACCAUCAUAGUCUUGGCAAUGUUAACAUACGGGUAGGGUCCGUGGUCUUAGGAUGUGCGAAUUUUACAGCCCGUGCUUGUUCACAAAAAGUUAUUAGAUCCCGGGUCAGUGCCACAUCGCAACUGUAUUAAAAUGGAACUGCAAAAGAUGAUGAUCUGUUGUUUUUUUGCCGCUUCUGUUGGGUUUAGCUCUGAAAGUAUAAGUAACUGCGAUGAAGUGCGUAAAGUUUUCCAACUAAGGCAGAUUGGACCGGUGAAAUCUCUGCCGGAGAGACCGCAAGAAGGGUCGGAGCUGCAGGUGUGCCAGUCCAGGAACCUGACCUGCUGUACUAAGAAAAUGGAAGAGCGCUACCAGGUGGCGGCCCGGCGAGACGUUCAGAACCUCCUUCAGACGUCCUCCUCAAGCCUCAAGUUCCUCAUCUCCAGAAAUGUUGCUGCCUUCCAAGAAUCAUUUGAGUCCCUGAUGAAGGCAGCUGAGAACCAGACCAACGUAGUCCUCCAGGCAUCGUAUCGGAACAUGGCCGUCGAGGCGUCAGGCCCGGUUCGGGAGCUGUUCACGGACAUUGGCCUCUUUCUCCUUGGCUCCGAGCUCAACAUCGAUGACAUAACCAGGCGUUUUUUCGAUUCCCUCUUCCCAUUGGUCUACAACCACCUCAUCAACCCUGACCUCAGCCACAUCGCUCCUGGAUACGCCGAGUGUGUCCGGGCCGCCCGCCGCAGUCUGGCCCCGUUCGGUGCCUCCCCUGGGAUCCUAGCCAAUCAGAUCGGGAGGUCAGGGGUCGGGGGGCGUGUCCUACUGCAGGCGCUGCACUUGGGCAUUGAGGUCAUCAACACGACAGAUCACCUGGCCUUCAGCAGAGAGUGUCGACGAGCUCUCCUCAGGAUGCAGUUCUGCCCUCACUGCCAGGGCCUGACCCAGUCCAAACCCUGCAUGGGUUUCUGUCUCAACGUGAUGCGAGGCUGUCUGGCUAGCAUGGCUGAGGUGGACCCCCACUGGAGGGAGUUUGUGAGGUCAUUGGAGGGCUUGUCGAAACGCAUGCACGGAUCCCAGGACCUGGAGCAAGUUCUACUCGGAGUUCACAACCUGGUCCACGAUGCCGUUGCCCAUGCUCAAAAUAUCGGGCCACGCCUUUCUGCUCAGGUGCAUAAAGUGUGUGGCCGCCCUAGCAGACAGCCAGCCCAGUCUGUUAGUGGCCAGCAGAGCGGCGCUAGAGAAUCCAUCCCCCUCAAAUCCCCCCCGAGGGAAACCGGAGACAACCUGGCUACCAGGAGGAAAGAGUUCCUGAAUAGCCUGCGUCAGUACAGGACGUUCUACGGAGGCCUGGCGGACCAGCUCUGUGUGAGCGAACUGGCCUCUACUGACAGUCUGGCCUGCUGGAACGGAGCAGACAUCGUGAAAAGCUAUACCUUUCAGGUCGUGGGCAAUGGGAUUAAGGCUCAGGCUGACAAUCUAGAGGUCAGAGUGAAGGAAGUGGACCCUGUCGUCAACCAGAUUAUCGAUAAACUCAAGCACGUCAACCAGCUGCUGCAGGGCAAGUCCAUCCCCAAGUUCGGAACAUUGGACCAGAUCGAAACAGGAAGUGGAGACAGCGAGGGGCGCGGUGACAGCGAGGGGCGUGUCUACAGCGGGGACUGUGAUGAUGAGGAUGGGUGUGGUGGCUCGGGUGGUGGAGAGGUCAAGACACAGAUCCUGAGGGUCCCAAAACUGGUUCCGGACUCAGGGAUUGACCACCGUCAUCACCAACACCCCCAUCGGGACGACUCAGAAGACGGGGACAGGUCUACCGCCCAGAGUCUAAGAUCACAGCGACCAGCCACACUACUACUGGCUGUGCUGGGGAGUUCACUACUGACUGCACUUUCUGUUCUCUCGUCAGCUGUGACCCUCUGAAACUUUGAUUCCUUUUCAUCUAAGGGAAAUAAAGACAGACACACACACAGUCAGAGGUGAGAGGGAGAAGAGAUGGGAGUUCCAUAACUGUAAAAAAAAAGUUGUGCGUGAUGGAGUUCUAGAGAUCCAAAAGGAAACCAGGAUGAGAUCCAACAGGAAGUGGAAAUCAAUGGAGGAAAUAGAAAGUAAAAAUGUACUAGCAACAGCUAGUAUGCAGGCCAACAUAUGUAACACUCACUCUUUACCAGACCUUAAGUUUAACUAACAAUCUAACACCGAGACACUUAACAUUCACUGAUGUCACGGCCCCAAUUACUCCCAUACUCUUUUCAAAAGGAUGGCAAAUAACAUUUUUUAUCAUGUAAAAACGUCAAAUGAAUUUAAUUGUAUUGAAUUGAUAAUAUAUUUAAUGCGUAGAUGUAUGUAUAUGGUAAUAUGUUUUCACUUUUAUUGCAGGAUGGAAAAAUGUGACGAUCCCCCUCUGAUUACUAUCUAUAUUAUUAUUGUGGUGCUAAGUACCCUGUCUCAUUCCCACCUCUUUAAAUAUAAACAUUUGUCUUUUUUAAAUUUUAAGCAGUAGUUCCUUUUGUAUAUGCAGAUGGUUUACAGAUGUUGUAAAACACGAGUCCAUAUAAAUUAAUAUGUUGUGUA